GGGUCGGGCCGCGCUGUAGCCGGCGCAGGGCUCAAAGCCGCAUCGCCCCGCCCCCGCGCUCCGGACCUGGCAGGCGGAGGCCGCUGGGCUCUUCCCGGGGCCACAUGGCUGAGGGGGACGCAGGGAGCGACCAGAGGCAGAAUGAGGAAAUCGAAGCAAUGGCAGCCAUUUAUGGAGAGGAAUGGUGUGUCAUUGAUGAUUGUGCCAAAAUAUUUUGUAUUAGAAUUAGUGAUGAUAUAGAUGAUCCCAAAUGGACACUUUGCUUGCAGGUGAUGCUACCGAAUGAAUACCCAGGUACAGCUCCACCUAUUUAUCAGUUGAAUGCUCCUUGGCUUAAAGGGCAAGAACGUGCGGAUUUAUCGAAUAGCCUUGAGGAAAUAUAUAUACAGAAUAUUGGUGAAAGUAUUCUUUACCUGUGGGUGGAAAAGAUAAGAGAUGUUUUAAUACAGAAAUCUCAGCUGACAGAACCAGGCCCAGAUGUAAAGAAGAAAACUGUAGAGGAAGAUGUUGAAUGUGAAGAUGAUCUCAUUUUAGCAUGCCAGCCAGAAAAUACAGUUAAAACAUUGGAUUUUGAUGUCAGUGAGAACCGAACAGAAAUAGAAGAGUUGCCUCCAAUUGAUCACGGCAUUCCUAUUACAGACCGAAGAAGUACUUUUCAGGCGCACUUGGCUCCCGUCGUUUGUCCCAAACAGGUGAAGAUGGUUCUUUCCAAAUUGUAUGAGAAUAAGAAAAUAGCUAGUGCCACCCACAACAUCUAUGCCUACAGAAUAUAUUGUGAGGAUAAACAGACCUUCUUGCAGGACUGUGAGGAUGAUGGGGAAACAGCAGCUGGUGGGCGUCUUCUUCAUCUUAUGGAGAUUUUGAAUGUGAGGAAUGUCAUGGUGGUAGUGUCACGCUGGUAUGGAGGGAUUCUGCUGGGACCAGAUCGCUUUAAACAUAUUAACAACUGUGCCAGAAACAUACUAGUGGAGAAGAACUACACAAGUUCACCUGAGGAAUCAUCUAAAGCUUUGGGAAAGAACAAGAAAGUAAGAAAAGACAAGAAGAGGAGUGAACAUUAAUACCUGAAAAUAUAUGAAAGGUUAAUUAACCUGUAAUUAUAUACACAUUCCAUAGUCAUCAAGGAAUAUAUUGUGCAGAGAGAGUAUCCUUGACUGCUCAAGCCAGCCAGUUCAGUGUGGAUGCCGACAUUAUCUUUUCUUCUUUGGUUAUAUCAUCUGCCAAAAAUUGAGAACUUAAUGAUAUAUUCAUGUGUGUUUCAGGCUUAUUUGGGAGAACUAAUUUGAAUUUAAUCACCACUUCAUCUAAUUUUAGGAAGGUAACAGUUGCCCAGGGCAGUACCUGAAUUAACUGUCCAUUUCAGUACAUGUCAAGUGCCUUUGUUAGGUGGGGAAGAAAUGUCUCUGGAGGAAUAUAAAUACCUGGUUUCUUGUCAUCGAGAUUCUUGUACUGUUAAACGAAUAUUGCCUUUUAUUGCUCUUUAUGGCUUACUGAAACAGGAACUCAUUUGAGAUUGAUCUUGGAGAGUUUCUUCUUGUGAUUUUAGUUGAUAAGUAUGUCAUCUUUCAUUUUAUAGUGUUCAUCAUUGAGUAAUGGAUUAAGUGAAAAUCCAGGAGUAUCCAUCUUGAGUUAUGUGCUAAGGUGAUAAUUCAUCUAACAUAUUUGUUAGUGUAAGUGUUAUGCUUCAGUUUCUGUUGCAGAUUGGUGAUUGUGAAAUUUCAAAAAGCGAUUUUCAAGUCUCUGCCUUUUUUUGUUUAAUUCUUGUAGUGUAAAGCGAUAAAUAUGGAGUGUCACUAGUCUCCUUCUACCCCAG